AUGGCUUCCAGGCCUUCUACACCCCGGAGCUCACGCUCUGGCCGUGUGGCAGGUCGUGGUAGAGCAAGGGCCCCGCACGAUCAAGAAGAGCCCCCUCUGAAGAAGAGAAAGUACGUCCCCGGCGGCCCUGGCGGCGGCGGCAGGUUUGUCCUCGACGAUGGGAACACGGAGUCGCCAGCUGGCCCCUCGGCCAUAUCAACCCCACCGAGGCCCCGGAGCGCCGCCCGUAGGACCUCGAACCGUAAUACCACCGUCCUUCCCCGAGAGAGAAGCACCCGCCUUGGCGCCGCUGCCAACCGUUCCGUACGGGUCGAUGUCGAGUUCAGUUCUGCUGCCGCUGUAGCAGCAGCUGUAGCCCAGAGCGAAGGCUACAAGCCGCGAGAGGAGCGCGGCUGGGAGGAAUUUCAUCCAAAUCUUGAUAUUGAGGGAACCUUCAUCAUGUUCCACUCUGAGGACGUAGACGGCACAAGGAAGUCUACACCACCUCCUGCGCCCACUCGCGCUUCCGUCAACGGCGUCAGCACACCGUCAAAGGAUGCCGAAGCUACGGGUUCUGGCGUCGCAGGUGAUUCGGCUGCCCAGCCAGAGGGUACAGCCGCGUCUUCUCAAAACCAGGUCCUCGAGACACCCUCGCGGCGGCGACCUCGCCCGACCAGAGAUGCCGUAUCUUUCUACGCCACGCGUUCCGACUUUGCGCUGACACCGAAGACACCAAAGGUGCUAUCCACGCUGAAUCAGACCCCAAAGGAGCGCCUCGACCUGAAGAACCCGUCGUACCGCAAGACAGAUCGUAUACUACUCUUCGAGAGCAAGACUUUCGGCCAGGCGAAAUAUGUCGAAAAGGCCAUGAUGAACGUGGGUUACCAGGAAAGCGACAAUUUCAUCAGGCCCGAACGCGGCCUUCUGAAGGCCAGUGACGCCCAUAUCGACGAGGAUGUGGAUCAGCUACUCGGCCAGAAGCCCGACGGCGAAGUUGUUGUCUCACACAGUGGUUCCAACCUCGGCCGUGUCGAAUACGACAUGGACGAGCAGGACGACAUGUGGUUGGAGACCCUCAACAGCCAGCGAAAGGCUCAUGGGCUUGAACUCGUCACCCGUGAGGUCUUUGAAAUCACAAUCACCAAGAUCGAGAAAGAAUGGCAUGCCUUGGAGAAGAAGAUACCGAAGCCAAAUCCAAAGCCACCCCAGACUCACAGGCCACGGUCUAGCUCUGCUGCAGCCGUGAACGGCGAGACACAGGCUGGCGAGGAGCAAGACAGCAAGUGCGCCAUCUGCGAUGACGGUGACUGUGAAAACACUAAUGCGAUAGUAUUUUGCGACGGAUGCGACCUUGCGGUGCACCAAGAUUGUUAUGGCGUGCCAUUCAUUCCGGAGGGGCAAUGGAUGUGUCGGAAAUGCCAACUCGCGGGUCGUGGCAUCCCGACUUGCAUUUUCUGCCCCAACACCGAUGGCGCAUUCAAGCAAACCAACUUUUCUAAAUGGGCGCACCUUCUUUGUGCCAUAUGGAUCCCUGAAGUCAAUCUGGGAAACAAUGUUUUCCUGGAACCAGUUAUGGACGUUGACAAGGUCCCCAAGAACCGGUGGAAGCUUCAAUGCUACAUCUGCAACCAGAAGAUGGGCGCUUGCAUACAAUGCAGCAACAAAGCCUGUUACCAGGCCUUCCACGUCACAUGCGCAAGACGGGCGCAUUUGUACUUGAAGAUGAAGACUCCACAGGGCGCUCUCGCGCUGGAUGGGGUCUUGAAGGCAUUUUGUGAUAAGCACUGCCCACCAGAUUAUGACAAGGAGCAUGCCGUGGCCGCAGCUACCAAGGAUGCAAAGAAGUUCUACAAACGCACAAUGAAGGGGCGUAUCUGGGCGGACAGCCAAGCCGUGGCUCAGGAACUCGCUGCCAUUCACCGCAACGCCAUCACAGAACAUCCUCCCCAGGAGUCGCAAAUGCUUGGCGACAAGCUCUCGGGAGCAGGCGACAAGAAAAAGGGCCAGUCAGGCAAGAUAUGGAAGUUGCCGUCUGGGGCGCCGGUCAUUCCACAGGCGGUCUUCGACCUUGUUGACAGCGGGCUGGCUCGAUUUGCUCUUCGCAAGAGAAAGGAGUAUGUUGCCGAAGCCUGCCGUUAUUGGACAUUGAAGAGGGAAUCCCGUCGUGGUGCUGCGCUCCUCAAGCGUCUGCAGCUGCAGAUGGAGUCCUUCUCAUCCAUGGAGCUCACCAGGCGUGACUUCGCAGCAAUGGGCCCAUCGGGCAAGAAUAGGCUCGCCAGACGUAUUGAUUUUGCGGAGACUUUGCUGAGGGACCUUGAGCAGCUGAAGUCUCUUGCGGAUGAUGUUGUCGCUCGGGAAGCAUUCAAGCUGGAGGCCGCAGAGAUGGAGCAAGAUUUCGUCGACACGUGUUACUUUCCGAUCUUCAAAUUGCUCCUGCCUGUCAUCGGCAAGGCUGAAGCGCUCGAUAAGAAUGUCUUCAAAGACGGCUUGUUACAAUUAGAGGCGAAGUUCGAGAAGCGUUUCUACACCACGACCCUGGCAUUUGCCCACGAUCUCUGUGAGGUCAUUCAUGUUGGCAUUAAUGCCGAGACCAGGCCCUUGGCAUCAGACCAACCCAGAUUCGAACCGAUUGAUGUCUCACCUACCAAGAACAACCCAUACUCGGAGGCGAGAGACCGCAAGAGACUCGGCAAGCGAAUUCUCAAGUCAGUCCAGCCACAACUGGAGACUGCCCUCAAGGCGGAAGCCGAUAUCACCUCGAAACCCUUUGACAGCCUCCAGAAAGAGCUGGAGGGCAUGAUCGACGCGUCCUUGGAAAUUCGAAAACCCUUUGGGUCGCAGCCUCAACCUGAGGCACCCGUGCAAUCUAGCCAAGAUGUCAUCAUGGUUGACGCCGCUGAAGAAGGCCACAUUACAGUCGCGGCAACUGCGCAAGACCACGCUGGCGACGCUGCGGAGAGUGCUGACCAGAUGGACAUCGACGAGCAAAGCAUAGAAGUCAAGGAAGGGAAAUCUGCCCGGGUCAACGGUGGCAUAGACCAAGAGACUACCGCCGUUGGCGAGGAUGAUGCAGAUGCCAACGACAAGGAUCUACCGAGCCUUGUGAAAUCGGCGCCCACCCCGCCCGAUACCAAUGGCUACGUCCCUGUCUCCCAGCAUUCGCAGCAACCCACACCUCUCACACCUCCACAGUCCAACGGAAGCCUUGGGCGAGGAGCAGACAACACCCUCACAGAAGGUGGUGUGCCAUGGUAUCUCAAGAACUUCGAACCCGACGGCACAACAGCCAUCGAGGAGCAGUGGGCUGGCAGGGACGCCGUGCGCAGUCUUAGCGAGGAGCUGACUGACAUGGACGAGGAGGAGCUCAACGAUCUCGAGUUCAACGUGGAGGAUAGCACCAUCACCGCGUCGCCCGUUGACGCGCCGCUGGCUGUCCCGUCCGGGUCGUCGUCGGUCAGGAAGCUUCGCUACGGCGGCAGCACUGGGAUCGGGAACCCGAGGAAGCGAUUGCGGUCCUCGGGCAGAAGACGUUGA